CCAGGAAGCUGCUGGAAGAAUGCUGUGACCCUGGGCAGCUCUUUGCUAUGACAAAGAGGAAUUCCCCCAUGGGAAAGAACCUCUGGUUUGACGGGGAAUUUUUAUAUUCUGUCACAAUUGACAAUGCAACUUACUCUCUCUUCCCACAGGCUACUCCCUUCCAGCUGCCACUGAAGAAGUGCUCUGUGGUGGGAAACGGCGGGAUCCUGAAAAAGAGCGGCUGCGGCAAGCAAAUCGAUCAAGCAGACUUUGUCAUGAGGUGCAACCUUCCUCCUCUGUCCAGUGAAUACAGCAAGGACGUUGGAUCCAAAACCCAGCUGGUGACUGCAAACCCCAGUAUCAUUCAAAAAAGGUUCCAGAACCUGCUGUGGUCGCGGAAGGCCUUUGUGGACAGCGUGCGGGUGUACAACCACAGCUACAUCUACAUGCCAGCCUUCUCCAUGCGCACGGGCACGGGGCCCUCGCUGCGCGUCUAUUACACGCUGCAGGACUUCGGCGCGCGGCAGUCCGUGCUGUUCGCCAACCCCGCCUUCCUGCGCGACAUCGGCCGCUUCUGGAAGGGCAAGGGCAUCCACGCCAAGCGCCUCUCCACGGGGCUCUUCCUGGUCAGCGCCGCCCUGGGGCUCUGCGAGGACGUCACCAUCUACGGCUUCUGGCCCUUCGCCGUGGACCUGCGCGGCGGCUCCCUCAGCCACCACUACUACGACAACGUGCUGCCCGACUCGGGCUUCCACGCCAUGCCCGAGGAGUUCCUGCAGCUCUGGUUCCUGCACAAGAGCGGCGUGCUCCGCAUGCAGCUGGAGCCUUGCGAGCAGCCCUCGGCCUGAGCCCGCUGCGGGACACGGGGAGUUUUUCAUUUCCGUGCUCUGCCGCAGAGAGAGAGCUCUGGCUUAUGGUGGUUGUUUCUAAAGGGGUCUGCGUGGACCGUGAAAAUGCUCCUUGAAGGCCAAAUGGAAUGUGUCCUUGUUGUUCAGUGCUUUGUGGAACUGGGAGAGGAGGGAUGUAUCUCUCCAUCAAGUCCAUUCAGCAGCGGUGGGAAGAACUGUCAGAAGCAGCACAGCUGAACUUGGCAGGGACGUUUUUAAGUGACAAGUGUACAAAGGGCAUUAAGGCUCAGAGAGUCACCGGGCCGCUCAUAAGCUUUUGCUGACAGUGCCAAAUAUGACUAUCUCUUCCAAAUUCCAUUUCAUUCCAGAUCAGCAUCCUGUAGGACUUUCCUUUUUCCUUGCUUUUCCCCUCUGUUUGGGGGGUGUGUGUGUGUAGGACAGCAUGUGUGUGUCAUUGACUCCUUGUUUUCCUUUCCUUUUAUUUUUGAUGUGUUGCCCCCUCCCCCGAGGAGGGAAAAGGAAGGGCUUGAAAGCCCCAGGAGCUGAGCACCAUCAGCUCCUCUGAAGACUCUGGGGAGAGUGAAGGUGCUGAGAAUCUGGUUAGAAUGUCCUAGGAAUGCCUUGCUACUGGGGACAGACAGAGCUGUGUGUUGUAGGUGUUAUCAGGAUGGUUCAGGUCGCUGCAUUACAGCUGAGCCAGUGCUGUGCUGUGGGCAAGAGCUGGUUAAGGCAAACUGCUCUGAAAGGAAGCCUGUUACAAAAGCAGCUACAGGGAAGGGCAGCCUGGUUUCAGUGACCCGCUGCAAGAUUUCUGCAGUGACUUUCAUAGCAGGGAUGGCUCCUGACCUGCUUUUCUCUCCAGCCUUAGGGAUUAAUUCUGUAUUCUUUUGGACUCCAGGUGUUCACGGACUGUUGAGGGUACUUGAGGGGUUCAGUGGAAUGUAGAAUGAGGUUCUUUGUGUGCUUACAGCAGGAAAAUUGCAGAAAUGAAUGUGUCAUUUAAAAUUAGUCAAAGCUUUGAGAAUCGUUUCUCUGCGUGUGACUUGCUCUUCUGCUUGGAUUGUAACGUUAGCCUUAAAGACUUGUACUUCUCACACGAGAUUGUCUCUGCUUGAGGAGGGUCUGGGAAAUAAAACAGCCUUUGGGAGCCCCGAGAAGCUGCACAGCCAGCAAGCAAAGGAGAAAAGAGAAGGGCAUGCCUGCUGCAAGGCAGCCCUGCUGGCAGCGGUGAAUCUGUCAGUGUGCACAGUGCCUGAAGGACUGUUUUAUUUUGGGGUGUUACUUGGGCAGCAGAUGGUCUCUCACUGUGGAAAUGAGAAAUCCUUUUGUUUGUUUGCUUUGGUUUAGCACUGGAGGACAAGAGGAGAAUCCCAGCUCGGUCUACAGCACAAUUUAGGCUGCAAGAUGUUGCCACCAUUAACUUGAAAAAUCCAGAUCAGUGUUCUCGUUCUUAUUAUCUUCUUACUGAAAAUCUAGCCAAGGUGUUGGAACAACAGAACUGUCAUCAACUUUCCACAGCAGCUUCCUGUGCUGUUCUAGCCCCAAAGAUCCAGUAUUUUGGGGGAUGUCUCUUCUCAAGUGUUGAUAAGGUCUCUCCUUGUAGACUACCAGCUGCAAGUUCUAUAGAUAUAAAUAAUUUUUUUAAAAAGUAAAAUCCAUGGCUCCUUUUUAAAUAUGAAUAGUUCAACACUCUGUGUAAGAAACUGGGGACAAAAUAACAAUGUUUUUCUUUUUUUUAUUAUUAUGUUUCAUAAUAAAAAAUGUCUUUUGGAAUAUGGAUAUUCCAAGCAUAAAGUGGGCACUGUUUUGUAGGAUUACAGGGCAAUGCUAAAGGGUAAUGUGGAGAUUUUGGGGUGUUCUAGCUAUUGCUCCGAUAGAAUCUGAAUGUACCUCGUAGCCCAUGCUAUCUUUGUCCAUGCUUUCAUUAAAAGUACAGUCAGCACACCGAUGGAACCUCACCUGAUAAUUCAUUCUGUUUCAUUAGUGCAUUACCUGUGAUGUGGGGACUCGGUGAGGAAGGAUGUGAAAGUAAAAUAUUUUCCUUUCUGCUUGUUAUGGCAGAAUUUGACUGAGCUGCCUUUCUUGGAGACAAAGAGGUGCCUGUACGGUUUUUAUUGGGUGCAUCAGGUUUACACUUUGGAGUGCUUUAUAGAUUCCAUUAUAUGUGAAAACAACAUUUGGAAUAUGAUGUGCUACAAAUGGCACAUCAGCAGGGUGCCAGCGUUUCCUUGAGAGCAGGAGGGAGUGGGAGAGUGAGGGGGAGCUGCCUCUUGGCUGGUCAUCUUGUGCUGUUUUACCAGUACUUAGGAAUUCACUUCUGGACCUCUCCUACAGCUCUCCAGCCCCUUGGUGAUUAUCUGUUCUGUGUGUUGGGGAAAUAAUUGCAUGAGAAGAACAAGUGGUUUUGUAGGAAAACUCCUGAGUAUUUGGUAAUGUCUGGUUGUUCACGUUCAGCCGGUGCCCUGGGUAUGUGGAGAUGUUGUGUUCCCCACCUGAGUAGCACUGAACCUGAGGCCUUUGCUGGUGUCUGCAGUCCUGGUGUUUGCCAGGAGACAGCUUCCAAGGAGGUGCCCAGGCCGUGUGUGAUGUGCAGCUGAUACUGGAGACAUCUGUAGUGCUGCCUCUGGUCACAGCUGCGUGCAGGGCGUGCAGUGGCACACACAGGACGAGGCGGCCACGAGGCAAACGUGGGGUGUCCCACAGCAGGGCAGCCCUCGUGUAGGAGCACUGACAUCAAAUAUGGCAUUGCAUGGAAGGGCCUGAGAAUUCAUCCGUCUGCAGGAGGGAGGGCAUUGCUUGUGUUGCUGUGUUUUUAGUGAAGCCUUUUGAAAUCUUACUGUUUGUUAGUGAAGUUCCCUCCUGCAGCGCCUCUAUUUCCACUGCCAGUUCCUGAGUUUCCCUGAUAGUGUGGCUAAAGCUGCACAAAUCUGCCAGGUUGAAAGCCACUGCAGUUCAUCUUCAAUAAAAUCUGGUUCAGGCUGGCCAAAUGAUUUGUUAAUACUCAUAGUUAUUAAUUUUAUGAUAGAGCUAACAAGGGACAGAAGUGCUGGAAUAUUGCUCUGCCUGCAGAGCAAUCAUUGUCCCAUGUUUGUGAAGAGAUUAAAUUAAAUACCUUUACAAGAAAGGCAUGCACUGAAAUCCCUCUUGAUACAAUCUUUUUGGGCCUGUAUAUGUUCUUGAGGAAAUCAAGACCAAUUUUUGAACUUGUGACAAAAUCAUGUGAAACUUUCCCUCCUUGUUGAUUAGGAGGCCUCUUGGAGCUCUUUCUAGAUCAGCAAAGCAGAAUCCUAGAGAAGGGAGUGGGAGGUGUGCCCAUGAGAAUAAAAACAUCUCCAAUUUUGGCACAGACUUUGUUACAGUGCUAAGAACUCUUGCUCAUGAAUGUGCUAUUUUUAUAUUUUUUCUGGAAUGAAGGUAACAAGUUUGGUGUGAGGCAGCUUCUAAAGUCAAAGGUCUAAGCCUCUGUUACAGAUGAAGUUUUACAGAAUAUGGAAAUAUUGGCUGGUUUUUUGACUUGACUACUUUCAUGUUUUUGUUAUUUUCCUCAAAAUUAAAGUUGUUUUCUAGGCAGCUGAGUUAGCCCCUCUGUGAGAGCUGAAACUAUGCAAAGUAUCUGCUUUCUGAAAUUUAGUGUCCUGAGAUGUGUCAGUUAUAGCAAACCACUCCUGGAAACAGCUUCAUGAGCACUGACCUGGUAUCCAGCUCACCCUGGCCUGUAAUUAAGGUGCAAGGGAACAUUUAUUGAGGAGUGAGGAAAUGCAGGAGGUGACAGCAAUCUCAGCAUUUGCUGCCUCUCUGACUCUCCUCCAGCCUAACAGAUCAGUAAGCGUUGGAAGAGUCCAGGUUAUAGGAAGGACAGGCUGUUUGUUCCUGCCCUUCCCAUCAAAUGCAGAUGUAAAAUGGAUUAACCAGCUGCUGUCCCGGACCAUGGCCUCCUUCAAAAGCUCACGUGGUGCAGUUUCCAUUAGCUGACUCUUGCAGGUAAGCCAAACUCACCAGGCUUUGUCCAGGAAUGCCUGUUCCCCAUCUCCAUGGUUGUUUGAGGAAUGUUCUGGUUGCAGUGACCUCCUCUUAGUGUGGAUUUGUAUUUCUGCCCCAAGCCAUCAUCCUGAAGGAUCUCUCUUCCCUGCCCUUCCAGAUGACCAUUCCCUUUGGGGACUGAGGUGUGAUUUUAAAAAUCCUGCCAUAAGGCAGCUAAUGUGUUUUGUAGUUUGAACAUUAAUUACUGCCUCUUUAAUGACUGGCUGUGUGCUCCCUCUGCUCAGCUCAGUAUCCAUCCUGUCUGGGACCCUCCAGAGCAAGGGAACCUUUAGCACCCCGACCAUGUGGAAAUUACUGUGGGAUUUCAGGCCUUCAUCUUCCAAGUUAAACUCUUUUUUUUCCCCCUUUUAUGCUGGAUUCAACUCCUGUGAGGGACUCCAGAGUGAGUUCACGAAAGCAGUGCCACUAGUACUUGUUGUCUGGGUUUAUGAAGAAGAUGGUGUUCAGUAAAACACUGGAGUACCUUUUGGACAGUUCCUUCUGAUUUCUAAUUGUAUAUUCAAUGAAUUGUUUCAGUCAGAUGGGACCCAUAGCAGAGAUGAGUUGCAUCAUUUUCUGUUAAUUGGAAGGAAACAAUUACAGAACUGUAUUACAUUUCAAGCUGAAUCUUACCAACAACUCAAGCAAUCUUCCUUGGGCAGGAAGCUUUGCUAUUAGGUGAUUAUCUUGAUAGUAAAUGAAAAUUCUUCACUGAAAAUAAAAGCAUCAUUUGGAGUACCGAGACACUAAUUUGAGUCUCUACUCUGGUAUCUCCAACAAAGAUUUUGGUGUUCUGUAAAAGUGCCAUAAUCGCAACUUUUUUUUUCUUCUGUGCAUGUGUUCUUAUAGGAAAUGCUUGAAAUUUUUUUAUAAGCCCUCUAUGUGCUGAAAGCAAACACUCCUUCAUCAGGAACAGGAGUUUCUUUUUGGGUACCCAUGGUAUGCAGAGUGAAAGUGCCAGGAGAUGUCCAGAUUGCAGGAAAAUGCUGGUUUGGAAUAUUCUGGCAGGACUCCCUGGAGCACGAGAGUUGGCUGCUGCCUCCUGAGCUGUAGAGUUUGGGCAGAUGACACAGGAAAAAAGCAAAGAUAUUUUAGCCAUUUCAGCCCUGGCUGCUUGAUGUGUCCCACUGUUGAGUGGUGUCUGUGCAUUCUGUGGGGCCUUCAAGGGCUCUGAUCCUACAGAUCAGUCCUGUGGGAUGGGAGCAGAGGUUUAAAUGCUUGGAACACAAAGUUGUUAAUUGAUGUUAAGUCUUUAUUCUUUUGCUUCUCUUUCCCUCAGUUGUUGUACUGGGAAACUUGCCUUGUUCACAAGUUGCUUAAAAUUUUCUCUGCACUGCACUGAACUUCCCUCUGGCCCUAAACCUAAAAGUUACCAGAGAGGCAAAAACCACUUCAGGUCGAUCAAUAUUUGUAUGCAGCAUUUUACCUCUGGUUUAUCAAUAUUUGUAUGCAGCAUUUCACAUCCUCCUAGUACUAAUUACUCUAUUAACUCAUAGUUAAAUGAUACUACUUACCCCAGAGUUUGGAAAUCGUUCUUCCUGUGGUGAUUUCUGUGUUAGGGGAAUGAAGAUUACUUUUAGCUCAGGUGUUGUGAGAAUUAACUCAUGCUUGGGAAUUAAAGUGAAAAAACCCCAGAAAUGUUAUUAAGCUUAUCUGUUUUGAACAAUGCAAACAGGCAAAUGAACUACCCUCUUUAUCUGAGUGAAUUUAUCCUUUUGAGUUAAAAUCCUCUGCCUUUGUUAAGAAGUACAAUAGGAACAUUCUGUUCAGGGCACACCUGGACUGCAGGGAGGGAAAAGCUGUGCAUUUAUAAAGAGGAAAGAUUUUCUCCUCUCAGCCACACCCAUCAAUCUACAAACCAGAUUCUCUGCUCUCUUUCCCUGCUCUGACUCAAUCAAAUCAAUAGAAUUGCCUGGAUUUUAACUAGCGGACUGUUCACAAACCUGAGGGAGUUCAUCCUAUGAAAAUCUGAAAUUAUUUAAAGCACUGUCAGAUUAUGAUACUUAGUCAAAGUAUCAUAAUUGUGUAAUCUGCCAAUUCCUUUUUCCCCACACGUUUAGAGCUUGAGCAGUUUUUGCAGUUUGUUGGGUGCUUCUGUAAGGCAAAUCUCUCACUGCGUUUCAGCCUCCCGCCACACAAAGGCGGCCCGGGCUGAAAUCCGCUCGUGCUGUGUCAGGUCCUCGUCUCGCAGAAUGAUCCACGAGCUGCUCCAUUUGUCAAGGCCUUGGCUGAGCCAAGGGAAAAUGAAAAAAGGAUUUUCAGCACUGGCAAGCUUCACCAUUCGCUGGCUGUAGCUGUAACCUCAAUUCAUUAUUCUUGAUGGGUCUGAUGUCUGCCGGUGUUUCCUCUCAUCAAAUAAUUUUGUUAGAUUUUAUUGAUGGAAUGGGAUGAUCUUUUCCCCCUGCUUUUUGACUGCAAUUCUUCUUUUUUGAUAGUGUUUGCAAGGAAGAAAUAUUUCUUUCUUCUCUCUUGUUUUCUAAAAUGACAAUUUGUAUUUAAGGCAUGAUUCGAGUCUCAAAUGCUGGUUUUCUUUAAAAAAUUGGUCUCACACUUUUUUUUUCUGUCUUGGGCACAAUAUUUUAUUUCAUAACAGUACUUAUGUUUUCAGUGAUGAAAUCUCAACAAAUUAUCUUCCUCUUUUAAAACGGAAAGAUUUUCUGGCUUUCAUAAACCCCAGUUCAUGAAACUGUCAAGUGUCUUUGGGUUUUAUCCUAAAUAAAUAAUUUUGGCAUCAUUCCCGCUGUUAUUAGAGACUAACAAGACUCUGCCUUGUCUAGUGUCCACUCCAUAUUGAACCAGAGCCCUGUGUCAUACAGCCAGCUAUUAAUUAAGGAAUAACUACAGGUAUAAGUAGUAGGAACAGUUCCUUUUAUCCAGGCCCAGUUCCAUAGCCAUGAGGCCAGAAUGUCAAAGAUGUAUUCAAAGUUCAAUGGGCCUUUUGAAAGUAACCUGAUGUAGAAUAUGAGUUUGCUUUCAAAUUUCAACCAAAUCCUGAAUAAUUCUUUCACCCUGAUCUACAUAAGAACAACAACCAGUGUUAAUGAUUUUGCAGCCAGUAGGAAAUUUAGAGUCAUUCUGUUUUGUAAAACUAUAACAGACAAAUCAUGGACUUCUUGAGGGGCUAAAAUUGCAUCUGAAAUUUGCUUUUCAGGAUGUUCAAUAACCCUUACUGUGAUCAAAUAUUAUGUUUGGAAUUACAGCUCCAUGGGCACAGGCCAACAGCCCAGUCUUCAUCUGGGGGCAAAACUUACCAGACCAAUUUUCACAUAUUCAGUGCCCCCCUGGCAGGUUGUUCUUAUGAAGAGCUUUUGGACACAUUUUGGACUAAAGCUGCAUGCAAAUUCUGGGACCAAAUCUGCACUGUGGCUGCCAGCUGUGCAUUGAGCAUGCAGAGAAGAACCAUUCAAAUAACACAGUCCUGAUUGGUACCAGUCCCUCUUUUCCAGUUGUUUCAGGAGAGAGGGCUCCUGAGUUUGGAGCAGUGAAUUCGGGGUUCCCUGCCAGCAGCCCUGGCUUGUGGGAGCAGUCAGGGCUUUGAAAGCUGCUGCCCACCUGGUGUGGAGGGUGCCUGUGCCAGCCUUUCACAGAGCCAGCCUCCAGGCCGGAGCAGGGCACGAGGGCCAGUCCUGCUGGGCAGGGUGACGCCAGCAAUCCCUGCACCCUCUGCACAGUGGGACUCAAAGCCAACCCUAGCCCCAAAUAACAAAAACACUUGGCGCCAAUACAAGCAUUCUUUAUUUUAGUUUUAUGUCUCAUGGAAGUUACGAGGACUUGUAAGCUUGUUUGUUUUUACACAUAGCAGACACUUGGCUUUAACCUGUGUUAAUGCUGUUUCCAUCUGGCUAUUUCUGAAAGCUCCAGCGAGAAGCAAGCAAACACAGACACCAAGGAAAUGAAAGGUGCCUUGCUGUGAUGAUUUCCUAGAGCGGUGCAUUGCUCUGAUAAUGAACUGUGAAAUGUAGCAUGUGAUGAUGAUGAAUGUAAACACUUGCAUGUCUUGUUAUGUGAAUGUUGUCUCCCUGAGAUGGGUUGUUAGUAUGAGCUCUGUAGUGUAAAAGUACUGGAAAGGGAAGGGAGGUGGAAAGAAGAUAGUUGUAGUGGGUUUGGCAGUGAACCACAUCCCCUUUUGACUGCUUUUCCUUCUCAGCUUUGCUAACGUGGCCCUCACCGUUAGGAUAAUAAUAAACACACUGCUCUGUUCCUGAAGUUAAAUCUGCCUCUUUCCAGCACUGGGAGGAACAAUCUGUGUGUAUUUCCAGCCCAUCUGAUCUGUUCCCAGGCGUGGGGCUGCACUGCCUGCAUCACUCAGGCUCACUGGUGAUGCCACAGCACGUGUUUGGUGCCCCCAGCCCACACCUGCACCCCCAGGCUGUGCCUGUGCCAGGAGAUAACUCACUGGGCUUUGGGACAGUUUGCACUUAUGGCCAGAAGCUGCAGUGCAAACUAAACUUCUGAGAAUUGCCUUCCAUUUCUGGUAGGCACAGCCACCUGAAAGGAACCUGGGGGAACUUGGCAAGGUUUUGUGCUCAAACGAACAGAAAUGGGCCAGGCACAGGUGUUUCAAAAUGGUUAAUUUUGCAUUUACCUCACAGAGGUAUUUAGGAGAAGUGAGUGAUUUCCUGCUGGCUGCUCCCUGAGGCGCAGGGUGCUGUCACCUUCCCUGAGCUGCCCUCUGACAUCCCAGCCCUGCUGCUCUGUGCUGGCUCUGCCUGUGGGAAGGGGCCGUGCUCGGGGAAGGGGGCUUGGAUCCGUGGUGCCGCCAGAACUGUAGCCGGUGCUGGCAAGGAGCUCGGUGCUGGGGUGGAACAAGCUGGUUUGGGGUCAGUCUGUGCCUCACAGACAGGGCAGCUGCCGUGCAGAGCCCUGGCAGGACAGACUCCAGGAUUCUCCAGGAUUCUCCUGGCUCUUUAGGACAGGGCACAGUUGCCGUUUCUGCUCUCUCACACAGUAUUCCCAACGGAGCCAUGUGAUGUGGGAUGUCAGUGUUAGCUGUUAAAUUCUAGUACUUUUAUUUGCAUUCCUUCUUCCCUUGCCCAGUUUAUUGAAGAAAUGUGAUGGUAAGUGGUAGUUUGAUGUCUUGAGGUGAUUUUGAAGUAGAUAAGCACGCCGUGAUGCCCCUGAGAUUGCAUAAUUCCAUGGAUUUGUUUUACCUGCAGUGCCCAGUGUGUAAUGUUUAUGUCUCAUUUCUGAUGUGUGUGAGCUCUACAGGCUGGAUAUGGUGCCCAAAUGAGAGGAGCACUUGGGUGAACAUCUCAAAUCAUUGGUUUUUGGCAUGCUCAGGGGCCGAGGUGCUUGUGUGGAGUGUGUCAAACAUCCCAAAGUGUGGUGUUGUUCUGAGUCUCGUGAGUAGGGCUUCGAUCUCAUUCACUCUCCAAUGUAGCAGAUGUUUGCUGUCAGCCAACACCGUUCAAGGACUAAGGGAAUCUCUUUCUUUGCCCUGCAAUAAUGUAUUUUCUAUGAUUGUCAGUAGAAUUUGUUCAUUUCUCAAGUACUGUGCAGUGCUUCUUUGAAGAAUGUCCCUUUUUCAGGUGGUUUCAUGGUGACUGUACCCCAAAAUGUCUAGAUGUCUCUUAAUUGCAAAAACCGCUUUGUUAUUGAAUGUAUUAUUUAUUAACAGUAUCUUGUCUUUUUCUAGUUGCAUUUUGCAAAAUGUGCCACAAGCAUCUUCUGUGAUUUUUUAUAAGGAAAGUCUUAUUUAUAAUGUUUGUGCAAGUGGAUGGAAACAAAUAAUGAUUUUAUAGCAGCCCAUGCCUUUUUUCAUAGCUGCAGAGUCUUAAUGAUCACGAUCAGAAGGGACAGGCUCAUUGUUUCAUUUAAUUUUGAUGAAAUUUUUCAGAGUUAACUAUUAUGUUACUCAUUAUUUGAAAUUCAUUAUCCUAACAAAUAAAUAUCGCCAUUUUAAGAAAUGAAAA